CUCUAUCGGGCAAAAGUAUAGGUAUUCAAGAGAUAUGCGUUCACAAUUUUAUUUCCAGGGCUGGAUGGAGACGACAUCGUUUUUUUAUGGUUACUAUGGCAACACUGAGGUAUCAAUUCCGGGUGGAGAGUACAAUAUUCCAUUAGCAUAUUGCUUAACAACUUUAAUCAUAUUGAUCGUCAGUCUCUUCGUGAUGGUUCAUUACACGUUUACGAAGUACACAGAUACUAUAGUAUCUACUGACAUAGCGUCACACAAUUCUUCUGCUUUCUUCAUUUCCGUCUGCUGCGGAUGGGACUACCGGAUAUUUGAAGAAAAAUCUGUACCUCUUCAACAUAGACACAUAUUCCAAAGAUUUUGUGGAGCAUUAGAAGAUCAGAAACAUGAAAUAGAGAAGAAGGAAAGUUCAAGCUGUGCUCGUUUCUGUCUAUGGGUUAUACGUAUUGCUGUCAACGUUCUUAUUCUGAUUUUGCUAGGGGCCACUGCAGCCGCAAUCUACUUUGCUCAGACUUUCUCCUCAAACUUCAUAACAAGUGACAAAAAGGAGGAAUACAAUAUGGUUGUCCGUCUGUUCGUUCAGUUUUUACCAUCAUUACUUAUAGCUUCAGUGAACGCCAUUUAUCCUAUAAUAUUCCUGCUUCUAGCAAGACUAGAGAAAUACCGACCAUCGUCACUCAUCCAAAUAACUCUACUUCGGUUGAUAACAACAAAAUUUGACUGGAACUUAGCUAAGAAAAUUGGUCCGGCCGAGUUUGACAUAGCGAUAUGCGUUCUUGACCUUGUGUACGGACAAGCACUUUGUUGGUGA